GCAACAGAUUGAAAAUGGUGAAAUAUGAGCUUAUAAAGCCAACCGAACUAUACAACAUCUUAAACCAGCAUCUGAUUCAAGCUUUUGUGAGUGAUCCAUGUUAUAACGUUCUUUUCGGUAAUUACACAUGUAUGUUUUACCGAACUUACGGAAGAUUCUCGAAUUUCAGAAGACUAUGAUAAGGCUCACAUAGUUACAGCCAAAAGACUUAAAAGAGUAUUAAAAAGCAAUUUUAAACUACUUUAAUAGACACCAGACAACAACUUUAGGCUUUCAUACGAUAUAGAGCUUGAUUGUAAAUGGAAUAUAGUGGUAUAUGAUGGGAACACAUCUUCCCUGGAAUGCAAAAGUGAUGCUGUCAAGGCUGCAGAAUUUCUGUACGAUAACGGAAGUCGGGGUGUGGUGAAAGUCCUCGAAGGAGGAUUCGAAUUAUUCACGCGUCUUUAUCCAUAUAUGACGAGCGAAAAAAUACUUUAUCUCCCACAAGAACUUGAAUCCCUGUCUACUUAUCCUUUGGAAGUGAUUCCUAAUGUUCUAUAUAUUGGAUUACACAGACAUGCUAAUGAUCGUAAAAUCCAUAGACAAAUGGAGAUUAAAGCGCAUAUCAAUUGUGAUAUGGAUAAAGAUCCAUUAUUUGAAGAAUGUAAAGAUGCUGUGUUCAAUGCGCAAACAUUUAAUGACCAUAAUUGCAACUUACUACCAUUUCUUGAUGAUGCUUGCAAUUUUAUUCAGGAGAAACGAUUGAAAGGCCAACGGGUUCUAAUUUUCUCUCGACGUAUGAUCAGUCGUUCUGUAGUGUUUUGUAUUGCCUAUCUAAUCAAAUAUGAGUCAAUGUCUCUGAAAGAUGCUUGGAUGCAUAUCCGAAAAAUCUGUGUUCCUAUGCAACCCAGCUGGUGUUUAAAUGAACAGUUAGCUGAAUUCGAGCGUAAACUACGCGGAAUGGAGAAGGCGAUCCCCUUGACAGAAGAUGAAUACUAUCGUAGAUAG